UCCAGACACGCAGAGCCUGUUCGUUGGUUACACAAAGUUGUGCCCGCCCUGUGUUGAUGAUAGAAAAGCGAGCAGCCAUUUUUGGGUAGGGACACUUUCAAAUAUCACAUUCACCAAGCAGCAGGUUUCUCCAUUUUCUCCAUCUCAAGAACUCGUGUUGUCAUGGCAGCUGUAGGUCGACGAGGAACAGUCAAGGAAUUUGCUGGGUUCAAUCCCCAGGAAGAUGCCGAAAAGUUAAGAAAAGCAAUGAAGGGUUUCGGCACUGAUGAAGAUGCGAUCAUUGAUGUAUUGGCUAAAAGAACUAUAGCCCAGAGACAGCGGAUCAAACAGGACUUCAAGACUGCCUUUGGCAAGGACUUGAUCAGUGACCUGAAGUCUGAAAUAUCUGGGAAGUUUGAGCAGGUGGUUCUUGGACUGUUGAAGACUUCUGUCCUGUAUGACGUACAUGAACUGAAGAAUGCAAUCAAGGUCUGGUACUAUUGUGGAUACUCGCUCCUACGUCGCUCGAAAUCCCCCUCCAAAUCGUCUGUCAAAUACACUUUCAGUAAUUCAUUUGAAGAUCUGUUACAAUCUUGGAACAUUGUAUGGACUGGGAUGGUGAAUGACACUUCUUGCCAGAUUUUUGUAUUCUUGGGCAUUCUGCAAGAAAUGACCUGUUGGGUCUUGGAAGCAGAGGGAGCUGGUACAGAUGAUGAUGCCUUGAUUAGGACCAUGGUAUCUCGGUGUGAAAUUGACAUGCUGGACAUUAAAGUUGAGUUUCAAAGAUUGUAUGGAAAGUCAUUGCAUUCCUUUAUCAAGGGCGAUUGUUCUGGAGAUUACAAAAAGAUCCUCCUCCAACUGUGUGGCGGUGAAUAAUUAUAAUAGUUCCGUGUCAUUUCAAGAUGGAAUGAAUUGAAGAUCCUGCAAAAUGAGUGUGGUGCUCCUCACUUAGUGACAUGCUUUAAUUAUACGCUCAAUGAAGCCUUAACUUUUUUGCUUUUGCUAUAAUCUUGAAAUACAUUAUUCUAAUCAAUGCCUUUAAAGAUGGAAAGCUAAUAUAAAAUGCUAAGCCAAAGCACAAUGCACAAAUCAACUCCAACAUCUUACUGUAAAAUUGAACAUACACUUGACAAUAGUUAGUAAAUUGCUAUUCCUCAAAGUUCCAGUGCUGAUCUGAACUUUGAAAUCUGGGGCUUGCCAUUUCUGGUUUGUAAUGACCUUCCAAUGUGGGACUCAAUCCAAGAAGGGAUAAAGUAAUGUGUGUACUGCACUACAAUGUGAAUUAAAGAUGAAGAACAAUUGUAAAGUGUAUGAUUUGAAACUGUAAACUUAAAGGUAAAUUAAGUGCAUCCUGUACUCUGGUCCAAGGAAAUAAUACAUCAUUCAAUGUCACACAAGAAAUAGUGAAGGGGUUACAAUGACAGCCCUGCUGUAUUUUUUACCCUGAUCUGUAGACUUAAAUUAGUUUCAUACAGCAAAUGAGCUGUUUGCCCCUUAACUAUGACUGCAUUCAAGAAUUUCCUCAGCUGUAAUGUUGUUGAUUGGGAACAAUUGCAAAUUGCUAAGAAUGUACGAUUGAGUAAUGAAAGUGUACAAGAUGCAUGUAACAACAUUUGUCAAAUAGAUUAUACACAAAUCAGUUGUAUUCACUUGGAUGAGCAUCUCUUGCUGUGUAAUUUGUUAAUGUCACCUGUAAAUAUUUACAUUUUGCAUGAGUACCACUUUGAAAACUGGAAGCAAUGAACCAUUGCAGCAAUGUUGUAAUUCAAGGCUGUUAACAUUUAAAUAAAACAUUCCAUUUUAUCUAUA